UUACUGUCUAUGGAAGUAUUUUUGCUUUGCUCCCUAAUUGACCCAGAUAAAGCGCUCACUGUCGGGGAUCCUCCGACCCCCAGGCGCUAUCAACCAUAGAGGAGGGAUUUUACCAACACUAAUAGCCUUUUUACUUAACGCGUCCAAUUUACCGGUAUAUGUGAUCGUCUAAAAACGGCCCGGUCUCGGAGUGGUGCCUUUCUGCCAGGACUUAAGACAUGGUGCAGCAGGGAGAUCGUGCGGUAACAGCUUCAUUAAUUUUUGCGUGAGACGCACGCGCGCACACUUUCUGUAUGAACUUGGGAUAUCGCUGGAUUUUACACAAAGAAAAAAAAGAAGAUGCCUGAUAAACUCGCAGAGAGUCACACGUCGACGCCAUCGCGAGGAUCUUCGUUUUUUAUCGAGAACUUGCUUGGCUCAGAUCGCACCGAACCUCCUGCCUGUCCUGCCAAACACAUCCGAGAUGGCGACGGACUCAGGGAGACGAUACACACGACAGUGUAUCACCAUGAAGUGUGUGAUGAAGAGUCCGACACACACCCCAAGAUGGAAAUGUGUCGAAAUGUGUCACCCUCGCCCUGGUACAGAAGGGACUCCAUGAAGCUCGGGGCUCUAGAGAGAUCUGAUAGUCCGAAAGAGGAAACCCGCAGUUCAUACGAACAGAUCGACUCCGUCUCCAGCGACAGGGACUCCCCGGUCGUGUGUGAAACUCCAGGCACGGACCGCGCGCGCAAAGUGUCUGAGACAAGCGUCGCGGAUGAACGCGACGAAGUGCGGCGGCUCUCGGACGAGCGCGCGCAUCCUGACACCACCGACUCCAGCUCAGUGAGGAAGAAGAAAACCCGGACCGUAUUCAGCAGAAGCCAGGUGUUCCAGCUGGAGUCCACAUUCGACGUGAAGCGGUACCUGAGCAGCUCGGAGCGCGCAGGCCUCGCUGCGUCCCUGCACCUCACCGAGACGCAGGUGAAAAUCUGGUUUCAGAACCGGCGCAAUAAGUGGAAGAGACAGCUGGCUGCUGAACUGGAAGCUACCAACGUUUCGCACUCAUCUCAGCGCAUCGUGCGCGUCCCCAUUCUGUAUCAUGAGAGCGCCACGCUGGGUCUCAAUGUGCCGCAAGUGUCGCCUCCUAUAGUGGGCUUCCCGAGCUCCGUGAGCCGCUACCCCCUCGCAAAUUUCACUCACUCCAUGAGUCUCCUGAGGUCACAGCUAACAGGACUUGUCUAAUUUCAUAGACUGAAGAAUGGACAAUCGUACACAAUCGGGUUUAUCUUAUUACUGAAGUGCAAUAACACACACGGCUACAGAAAACUACAAGCAUCCAAAGAUCUCACAUGUUAUAAUUAAACAGCAAUUCCCCCAGCCUAAUUAGUAAUUAAUACCUAGUGUUGAAUUGUCUCUUAGAAUUAUACAAGUGCAACUGGCCAAAUAAAUACACUCUUCUGUUAUCCCUCUGGGGAACCAUUAAAAGUUCUGUGCAGAACCUACAGCAGUGUUUCCUUUUUGGAAGAACGAAUUGUUCAAUGAGCAUUUUUUUCUAAGAGUGCACAAUUUAUUAAACAAUGGGAAUUUUACUGUGUAUAUAACAGAAAUAUUUUAUUUUCAGUGUUAUUUCUAAUGUCUAAAAUAGUCUAUGCAUGGGGAUUCAGGCCCUCCUAUUGGCCUAGAUGUAUUUAUUUGAGACUUUCUUUGUAAAAAAAAAUAUAUAUAUAGAUAUAUAUAUUUUUUUUUUAUUAUUAUUAUUAUUCGGAUACACUUAUUUCUAUGCUUAUGUCACUUUUUGUUU